AUGGAAGUUCCGUUUAAGAUAAAGGCUUUUGGAUGGAGAUUACUUCAUAAUAGGCUACCUAUGAAAGAUCUUUUGGAGAGGAGAGGUAUGUCUUUUCCUUUGAAUGAAUUAAAAUGUACAUUUUAUGAGUAUGGCGUGGAAAGUAGAAAUCACUAUUUUUUUGAUUGUUGGGUGGUAAAGUAUAUUUGGAGAGAAAUAGCUUUUUGGGUGGGUAAAGAAGAUAAUGUAGACGAGGAGUGUUUGUCGUCUUUUAUGGAAUGGCACUCUUAUUUUUAUAGGAAGAAAGCGAAUGGUAGGAAAUUGAAUGUGGUUUGGAUGGCUAUAACUUGGAUUUUGUGGUCGGUUAGGAAUGGUUGGUGCUUUCGUAAGGAGCCUUGGAAUGUGAAUAAUAUUGUUUGGGACAUUAAGAUAUUGGUUUGGAAGUGGUCGUUUUGUGGGAAAAUUACUUAUCCCAAUUACUCUUUUUACGAGUUUUGUAUGGAUCCUAUGUACUUCCUCUCGUAA